AUGAAAAAAGUCUGAUGGCCGCCGAAGUUGAAGUUGUGAUAGAGAAAAGCUGUCACACUACAGGAGAAGGGCCACACUGGGAUGAACGGACACAAACCCUGCUCUAUGUUGAUAUAAAUGAUGGUUAUGUCCAUAGAUGGUCACCUGAAACCGGAAAAGAUGAAAAACACAAGUUUGGUAAAUAUACUUCCUAUACAUCUUGCUCUCUAGUGGUUCCAUGUAAAAAAGGUGGCUACCUAGUUUCAGUUGGGACAUCGGUCUGCCAUUUUGACUGGGACACAAAGAAACUGACAACUCUACAAACAGUUGACAAAGGAAAAGAGACGAGAAUCAACGACGGAAAAUGUGAUGCUUCCGGACGGCUCUGGUUUGCCACAAUGGGCUUGGAGAAGACCCCGGCUGUAGUGAACAAACACCAAGGUUCCCUUUUCAGCCUAGAAAUCGAUGGUUCUGUAAAGAAACACAUAGAAGGGGUCAGUAUUUCUAACGGUUUUGCAUGGACAGCUGACAAUAAAACAAUGUACUAUAUUGAUUCAAUUCCAAGGAAAGUGUUCGGCUAUAACUUCGACAUUAAAACUGGCACUAUGAUGGCGACAUUUUUUUUAUUAUUUAUCAAUGAACGUGUAGUUGUAGACCUUGGUAGGGAUGACACGAUCCCGACGUUAGCUUUUCCCGACGGAAUGACGAUUGAUACAGACGGAAAGUUAUGGGUCGCUUGUUUCUACGCUGGAAAAGUGUUCCGCUUCGAUCCCGAGACAGGUAAACAGAUUGGUGCAAUUGAUGUUCCAGCAAAAAGAACUACCUCAUGUUGUUUCGGAGGGAAAAACUUUGAUGAGAUGUAUAUCACGUGUUCUCUAUAUGGUGUCACUGAAGAUGAGCUAAAAGAAACUCCGUUAGCUGGCUCGGUAUUUCGUGCAACUGGACUUGGUGCCAAAGGCACACCGGCACCGGUAUAUGAAGGAUGACUAAAUAGAAGGAUAUUCCAUGAAAGUACAUACUGAACAAUAGUGUUGAAAUUGUGUUAGAAUAAACGAACUAUAUUGUUAUGUUUUACGAACUUGAUAGUCCGGCAGAGAUUAAUCAAAACAUUUGGUUUCCUAUGGAUACAUAUUUAUUAUAGCAAUGCAUUACCAUAUGUGUUUCAA